ACCAUCACCCUCACCAGGUUCUCGCAACAUUCGCAGCCAUCAUUCCGCACGCCAACGACGAUGGAUUGGAUUGGAUUGGGUGGAUGGUGCGAUGGCAAGGGCGCCGAGGUAAAGGCAGUCGAGGGAGCGGGGUGGACACAACAAAUUCCGAAUCCCGCAUGAGUUGUCAUGGGGGGGCUUUUUUGGAAGGUUAAGGCCGGUUGGAAGCACGCGAGAGCAUUGUUUUUGUAGUAGGCAGUGAGGGGGUGGCAUUGUGCGCCCUUCGUCGUUGGUGAUCAUCCUCUUCUCUCUUGUCGCCAAAUCGCAUCGGUCGCGUCGACGCGAUAUUUCGCAUUGCCGGAUCCGAAUUGGUAUCCAUGGAUCAUCGCGCAUUGGCUGGAAUUGGCUAGGAUUGGAGGCUAUCGAGGGCGGCGAAUUCUUCUUCCUCUUCUUCUUCUUCUUCUUCUUCUUCUUGGUUUGGCAUCAAAGAUAGAGCAUAGAGUCCCUCCCAUUCCACGGGAAGGGGAAGCUAUGGAUAGAUAGGUGGGGAGCUGGACCGAAUCAUAGAGGCCUCAAGGAAUUGGUCAGGGAAGCAGGGAUCAAGAUCACAGGAUCAAGAUCACAAUCUACAAACUGUAGCAGUGAUCGCUAAUUCGAUCGGUCGAUUAUGCUGGAGGGCGAGCGCAGCCUGACUAGCCCCGCGGAGCACGGCCAUCACCAUGAUCACGAGCAUCAGGGGUUUCUGCCUCCCCCAACGUAUUUUCCCCCGCCGGGCGGCGAGACUGGCGGCGACGAGGACGAGGAGCUGUCUGUUCUUCCCAGGCACACCAAGGUUGUGGUGCGAGGUAACAAUCGCACAAAGUCGGUUCUUGUGGGGCUGGAGGGCGUUGUCAAGAAGGCCGUGGGACUUGGAGGCUGGCAUUGGCUGGUGCUGACCAACGGGGUGGAGGUGAAGCUCCAGAGGAACGCGUUGACGGUGAUCGAGCCACCCACAGGGCAGGAGGAGGACGAUGAGAUUGAGAUCCCUGUGACCAGCGACACGGUGCUAGACGAUUUCCCUAGAACAUUUAAGCCCCGCGUGAGGCAAAAGCCAGCCAAAGCAGACACUGGUGCUACCGCCACGACCCCUAGCAUUACUGCAUCACCAUCGCCUCCGCCGCCUCCGCCGCCACCACCACCGCCACCAGCGGCAGCGCCAUCGCCUCCUCACCAGCUAGAUUUGACGACGCAGCAGCAGCAGCCGCAGCCGCAGCCGCAGCCGCAGCUCUGUGUGGACAAGAGGGUAGCAGAAGCGAUGCCGUCGGCCGAAAUCCCGGUUGUGGACCUGAGCAAGCUGGAGACGGCGGCCCUCCGCAAGUACAGGAAGCACUUCAAGCUUAGCGAUGUAGGCCGUAAUUCGUCCAAGGAGCAGCUGUUGCGCGCCAUCGAGAAGCACUUUGUUGCAUAUCAACUGGAUGAACUGGACGUGAUAACGGGCUUCCUUCAAGCUGCCAAGCGUCUCAAAACAUGAACCAACAAGCCAAACAAGCCAAACAAGAAAGAGAAGAGCGGUACUAACAAAACAACCAACACCUGCCGUCUCGUUGUACAUACAAGGAGAAGCAAAAGAGGAUAUAUGUUUC